CUCCCCACAUCCAUCACUCGAUCGGCAUCGGCAGGCAGGCACAACUCGUAUCGUAUCGUAGCAGCAGGUUCCUGUUGCAGCGUACGUACAAAUCGUACACAAAAAGCAUAUAUAGCCCCCAUCAUCGGCCAUCGACCUCAAGUGAUAGCACUCGAUCGGCAGUUUGUAGAAGGAGCUGGAAAAAGCAGAGCACUCCUCGCUCUGUUAGCUAGCUGCUUGCCAUCUCCUCCCUGCUAGCUGCUGGCCUCUGGUAGUUUGUAGUAGAAGCAGCUAUAGCUAGUAGCUUGCCAUCUCCAUCGAUCCACCAGAGGGAGAGAGCAGAGAGAGAGGAUGGUGAGCAGCACGACGAUGGCGGCGGCGAGCUGCGGCGGCGUGAGGGCGGCGGGCGUGCUGCCGCUGGCGUCGCUGAACCACAUCAGCAUCGUGUGUCGCAACGUGGAGGCGUCGCUGCGCUUCUACACCGACGUGCUCGGAUUCGUCCCCAUCCGCCGCCCCGGCUCCUUCGACUUCGACGGCGCCUGGCUGUUCAACUACGGGAUCGGCAUCCACCUGCUGCAGUCGGAGGACCCCGGCAGCCUCCCGGAGAAGGGCGAGAUCAACCCCAAGGACAACCAUAUCUCCUUCCAGUGCGAGAGCAUGGUGGCGGUGGAGCGUCGUCUGAAGGAGAUGGGCAUCCCGUACGUGCAGCGCUGCGUGGAGGAAGGCGGCAUCAACGUGGACCAGAUCUUCUUCCACGACCCCGACGGCUUCAUGAUCGAGAUCUGCAACUGCGACAACCUCCCCGUCAUCCCGCUCGCCGGCGCCGUCCAGCUCGGGUCAUGCAAGCGCGCCGCGGCGGCGGUCGUCGUCGGCAAGCAGCAGCAGCAGCAAAGCAGCGUCGUCGUCGUCGUGCCUCCUCCUUCCCCUCCGGUCACCGCGACGGCGGCCGCGCAUCAUCAGGCUAUCCGCGUCGCCGAGGAGUCGUCGUCGUCGCACAUUUCGUGCGCGUGAUUUGAUGACUACACGAGAGGAUCCAUCGGUCAGUGUCGUGCCGGAUCGUCGAUGAUGCAUGCCGUCGUCGUCACAGCGAGACGGUGACGCAUUGGAUCAUGGCACGAUGGAUUUAUCGAUGGAGUCGUCACGGCCAAGCGUAGUCUCUCUGUACAUGCGCGUGCGUGCGUUCGUGUGUAGCUGGAUGUGCAAGCAAACUGCCCGUUUUUAGUAAAGAAUAAACGAACCAAUUAAGGUGGCUCCAUCGAUCUAUACUAAUAGCUACUAAGUGGUGUCUUCUGGUUUCUCUA